AUCCGGGACUUUUCGUUCCCAGAAGUCGUGUCGCGCAUGGUUUGCUCAGUGUGCGGGCGUGGUUGUGGUUGGUUGUUGUAAUAAAAGCGAACUUCGAACGCCAUAACUUGCUUGGAAAACCGGAUAACGACCUUCAUGCAUGGCGAAGUCGUAAGAUAUUUUAACGCAUGUUAGUCGGGUAAGAGUCCCCUCGAGCAUCCAAUCAUUACAGUUGGGCUUCUGUUUGUGGUUUACGUAACUGCCGGACUGUCAAAGUUCUCACGAACGGCCAAGCUUAGCGAGUGAAACUCAAAUUUUCGAACUCUAAAUAUCAACAUGGGUUGCACACUCAGUGCUGAGGACAAAGCUGCUGUGGAAAGGAGCAAGAUGAUCGAUAAAAACCUUCGAGCUGACGGAGAAAGAGCAGCCAGAGAGGUCAAGCUUCUCCUUUUAGGUGCUGGUGAAUCUGGGAAAAGUACCAUUGUGAAACAGAUGAAGAUUAUUCAUGAACAUGGCUACACUCAAGAAGAAUGUGCCCAGUAUAGACAAGUUGUAUAUAGCAACACAAUACAGUCAAUGAUUGCCAUUAUCAGAGCAUUAGGGACACUGAAGGUUGAAUUUGGUAACUCUGAUAGAGCAGAUGAUGCCAGAGAGCUUUUUGCUUUAGCUGGUAGCAUGGAGGAUGUUAAGUUCACACCAGAACUUGUAUCUAUUAUGAAGAGAUUAUGGAAUGAUUCAGGAGUACAGAACUGUUUUGCAAGAUCAAGAGAAUAUCAGCUAAAUGAUUCUGCAGCGUAUUACCUGAAUGCACUCGACAGACUAGGAUCACCAGAUUAUGUUCCAACAGAGCAAGAUGUGCUCAGAACAAGAGUCAAGACAACUGGAAUUGUCGAGACUCACUUCACAUUUAAAGAUCUUCACUUCAAGUAAGCGGAAUUGAUGUAUAACCAGUGUAGUUGCACACUGUUGAUCAUCACCCUCUGCAUCGUNCUCAGUGCAUAUGAUUUAGUACUGGCUGAAGAUGAGGAAAUGAACCGUAUGAUGGAGAGCAUGAAGCUAUUUGACUCAAUCUGUAACAACAAGUGGUUUACAGAUACAUCUAUUAUCCUCUUCCUCAACAAGAAAGAUCUGUUUGCAGAGAAAAUCACCAAGUCACCUUUGACCAUCUGCUUCCCUGAAUACACAGGUUCAAACACAUACGAGGAAGCCGCUGCUUACAUUCAGCUCCAGUUUGAAAACCUCAACAAGAGAAAAGACACAAAAGAGAUCUACACCCACUUCACUUGUGCCACAGACACAAACAACAUCCAGUUUGUGUUUGAUGCUGUCACAGAUGUUAUUAUCAAGAACAACCUCAAGGACUGUGGACUGUUUUAAACUUCACAAUACUCUGUAAACAGUCUGAGGGAUUGUGUAUUUGUACAAAAGAUGUCCUGAAGAUUAGUUUUGUGUACAGACCUAGGCAGAUGUUUUUAUAAAAAUGUCCAGUGAUGUUCUCUCUGCUCUAUCUAGUAGCUGACCUCGUGCUGUUAAACAAACCAAUGAAUAUUGACAUACACAUCCGAUAUGGACAACAGUACUCCAUUUCCUUGUUGCUAGACAACAGAAGGAAUCAUGAAAUCGGACCCAAAACUAUUUCAGAGUGUAAAAAGAGAAGUUAAUCCCACUAAUUUAAUUUAAAAGAUUGGCAUUGUGAGGGUUAAUCUUAGAAUUACUGGAAGCAUUGUUUUGUAUGUUAGUUAAGCUCGUAAUAUUAUAAUGCAUAAAGUCGUAAAAAAAAAAUUUCCGUGAUCUAUUACUUACACUUUUAUGAAGAAAGCUAAAUUAACAAUAUUUAAACUACUUGAACUUCUGCCGAGGUUUUGAUAAAAGUGGGUGAAGUUUCAGCCUUCAAACAUGAGCGAGACAUGUGAGGUUCCACUUGCGUUCAGGAUAAAAAAAUCCUCUCCAGAGAGAUAAUGGAAAGUCGGAUUGCUUCCAAAGCCUUUUCUUACUGUAGUGAGAAGAGAGUGACUAAUAACUGAACUGUAAAGCGCCAAGAUAGGUGGAAGAAGAAAGGAGAAAUAUGUUUUAUGUUACUAAGGUUAUGCCAUUGAAAUGUCUCUCUAACUUAAUGAAAUGAUAUUACUGUUAUUUACCUGCAGCUGUGAUAAUUCAAAAGGAUCUUAUCUGUAUAUUAGGGAUCUUGAAUGAUUCGACAAGAGACUAUUAUUAAAAGGAUGAUUUUAAAGAC